CUUAUCCACACUUUAAAAUCAACCAGGCUCACGUACGGGGUUCAUUCUUGUGCUAAGUUUCGUUGGAGUGCUGCAAGUUUCGGUGCGUCGCGAGUGCAGUGGAGAAGUAAAAAAAAAGUUCAAGCAGAGAUCAAAUCCGUCGUGUUAUGAGGAAGGACUUUCUAACGAGAAUAAGGCACACAUCCUCCAACCACUUUUCCGAAAUACUAUCAUAGGAAUACAUUUUUCAGAAUAUCCCCGUAAGAAAAAUAUGGCCCCUACAAGCAUGUGCUUAAACGGAAAAGAUGUCGACAAAAGGCCGUUGAAACCGGCUACCGGCCAGUUCGUCCCGCUGGUUGUGGUACUUGUCGGCCUUCCAGCACGCGGAAAAACCGUCCUCGCGCACAAACUGGAAAGAUAUUUAAACUGGAUAGGUCAUCACGCAAAAGUCAUUAGUUUGAGCACAUACAGAAGAAAGUAUUUUUCUAAAUACGACAGCAACGUCAUAUUCGAUAUUGAAAAUCCAGAUUCAUCCAGCCUGAGGAAACAGUACACCCACGAUGCCAUUCAGAGUACAAAAGACUGGCUGGAAGUCGAAGGUGACAUAGCCAUUUUGGACGGUACUCAUGGAUCUCAAGACAUCCGCCAACUGCUGAGGACGUUGUUUGUCAAGCAGUUGGGCUACAAACUGCUCUUCAUCGAAUGCGAAAUAGAUGACAAUAAAUUAAUUGAAGAUAAUAUCAAAGAAACGAUACAAAUAUGCGAGGAUUAUUCUGGAAUGGAUUAUAACGACGCUUUGAAAGAUCUGCGUACCAAAAUCGACAUAUUUAGCAAAUAUUACACCUCUAUAAGCCCCAAGGAGGAAGAGAAUUGCAGUUAUAUCAAAUUUCACAACGCAGGGGAAAACAUUUCUGUGCACAGAUUGGACGGUCCUUACCAGACAAAGGUCCUCGAAUUCGUUUCCUGUUUCAGACCUGUAAAGAAGACUCUUUUCUUCACCAGGCACGGUGAAAGCGAGUUCAACCUUUUAGGAAGGAUCGGAGGCGAUACGAACCUGUCUUCGAGAGGCCAUACAUAUGCUAAUUCUCUCGCUGAAUAUUUUAACAAAGCCGAAAUAAACAAUCUGAGGGUUUGGACGAGCGAAAAGAAAAGAACGAAGCAAACAGCCGAAGGAAUCAAAGCCCCGGUGGAACAUCUGCUCGCACUAAAUGAACUUGAUGCUGGAAUUUGUGAAGGGAUGACCUAUGAAGAAAUGCAGGAAAAAUUCCCCCAGGAAUUUGCUUGGAGGGAUCAGGACAAACUGAGAUACAGAUACCCUUGGGGAGAAUCAUAUGUGGACAUCAUGACCCGCCUUGAGCCGGUUCUCCUAGAACUGGAACGAGAAGAUUCCGUGCUCGUCAUCAGCCACCAAGCAGUACUUCGUUGCGUCUUGGGCUACUUCCUCAACACAAACCCUGACCGUCUUCCUUACCUCAAUGUCCCUCUGCACAAGAUAAUCAAAUUGACAAGUAGAGGAUACGAGUGCGACAUUGAACACAUCAGCCUGAAUGUCGCCUGUGUUGACACUUACAGACAACAGCCUACUAACUGUUCUGCAGAUAGGUCAACUGAUGAUGUUUUAAUUACCAUUCCAAAACACUAUGACAACCUGAAACCACGGCCAAUGGAACCAACACUUGUCAAUUCUAUGAACUGAUCUCAACAUUUAAGCUGCAAUUUGUAUAACAUUUGGUGCUGAAUCUUUUAAAAAAUAAGUUGAACAAUUUAAAACACGAGACUGAAAUAUUGAUUAUAAUUAUAUAAUUAAUACCUCACUUAAUCAUAAAUUCUAUGUAGUGAAAUUAUGAAAUUUCAAAUUAAUGUAGAGAAUAUUUA